CUUGUCCAAUCUUUGGGAAAUUACUGACCCUUCUAGGUUUCUCAACCAAAUUAGCGUUUUUUGCAUGAUGAAUCCUCUCAGCUGAAUGCAAUCUAAGUUGGGUUCGAUGCACUAAGCGAUUUCUGGUAAAGUAGGGUUUUUGCAAAUCUAGGUUCAGUGAAUGGACCGGCUGUCAUCUGCAGCAGAAUUUCAAGCCAAGGAGGAUGCUUUUGAGAAGCAAUCUACUAAAAGGGAGAGUAGCCUUGAACCUGCCGGUAGUCCUCCCAGUCUGAAAAUAUCUGCUAGGUGGAACCCAGCAGAAGCUUGCAGGCCUUUAAUCGAUGAAGCACCUGUAUUUUAUCCCUCUCCUGAGGAGUUUGAGGAUACACUUGCUUACAUAGAGAAGUUACGUCCAAAAGCAGAAUCAUAUGGCAUCUGUCGAAUUGUGCCUCCUGCUUCAUGGAGGCCUCCCUGCCCUCUCAAGGAGAAAAAUAUAUGGGAGAGCUCGAAGUUUUCCACCCGGAUUCAGCAGAUUGACUUGCUUCAAAAUAGAGAACCAUUUAAAAAGGCAGCCAAAAGCAGGAAAAGGAAACGGAGAAGACAUUCAAGAAUGGGAAUCUCGAAAAGAAGAAAGGUUUCUGGUUGUGAAGCUGCUUCCUCCUCUGAGGUGGAUGAAAAAUUCGGUUUCCAGACUGGGCCAGAUUUUACACUCGACGAGUUUCAGAAGUAUGAUGAUUAUUUCAAGGAAUGUUACUUUCAGAUAGGUGAUCAUCCUUGUGAUUCCAGCUCUUCUGAAAACAAGAAAUGGAGGCCAUCAGUUGAGGAUAUUGAAGGUGAAUAUUGGCGGAUAGUGGAACAAGCCACUGAUGAAGUGGAGGUAUACUAUGGAGCUGACUUGGAAACACUCAACUUUGGAAGUGGGUUUCCGAAGCGAUCAUCAGGAUCCACUGAAAGUGAUUCGGAUCAGUACACUAGAUCUGGCUGGAAUCUAAAUAAUUUAUCCCGUUUACCUGGAUCUGUACUCUGUUUUGAGAACUGUGAUAUCUCUGGAGUUGUCAUCCCAUGGCUUUAUGUCGGGAUGUGCUUUUCAACGUUCUGUUGGCAUGUUGAAGAUCAUCAUCUGUAUUCCUUGAACUACUUGCACAGUGGUGACCCAAAAGUGUGGUAUGGGAUCCCUGGAGACCAUGCUUCAUCCCUUGAGAAUGCAAUGAAGAAGCAUCUUCCAGAUUUGUUUGAUGAACAGCCCGACUUGCUGCAUGAACUUGUCACUCAGUUGUCUCCUUCGAUCUUGAAGGAAGAGGGAGUACCUGUCUAUCGGGCUGUCCAGCACAGUGGAGAGUUCAUUCUUACCUUUCCAAGGGCAUACCACUCAGGAUUUAAUUGUGGUUUCAACUUUGCAGAAGCAGUAAAUGUUGCUCCAGUUGAUUGGCUGGUGCAUGGUCAGAAUGCAGUUGAGCUCUAUAGCAAGCAGCGGCGCAAGAGUUCACUGUCACAUGACAAACUGCUUCUUGGAGCAGCUCAGGAAGCUGUUCAAUCCUUGCGGGAGCUGUCGGUUUCGAGGAAGAAAGAUCCUAAGAUUCUAAGGUGGAAGAGGGUUUGUGGUGAGGAUGGAUUGCUGACCAAGGCAGUCAAGAAGCGGGUGCUGAUGGAGGAAGAAAGGCUUAACCGUCUAGAGAAUAGCUUUAGGUUGCUAAAGAUGGAGGGUGAUUUUGACUCGAAGGGAGAAAGGGAGUGCUUCUUGUGCUUCUAUGACUUGCAUUUGGCUGCUUCAAGCUGCAACUGUUGCCCUGACCGAUAUGCAUGUCUCGCUCAUGCAAAAGACUUGUGUUCAUGUGAAAGCAGCGAGAGAUUUGUUCUUCUCCGUCACACCAUGGAUGAGUUACAUUCACUGAUUAAAGCAUUGGAAGGGGAUCUUGAUGCUGCGAAAGCGUUGGUUGAUAAUGCUACCUCAUGUCCAAAGGAUUCAUCAAAAGCACCAGAGCCUGAACAUAGCAAUCCCCAUUUAGGUGCUGAAGGCUUACAAACCGAUAUUGGCACAAACAAGCCAGUAGGUCACGAAGACAAUAACAAGAAAGCGGUUGUAGAUGUAAAUCUUGGCAGAAACAGUAAGUUGGAAGAGAAGAAGAUUAUGGUUGAAUCUCAAAAAGAAGAUACGCAUCCCAAUGCAGAACGCAGUGGCUUGCCCAAGAUAGAUGGAAGUGGUUCACUGGCAAAUGGUUCUAAAAAGGACCAGAACACGACAUCUGAAAGUUUAUGUCGUUCUGUCGAACUUGUGAAAGCCGGAUCCCUUGUUGUUAAAAAGCUCUGGUGCACUAAGCAAGCAAUAUACCCUAGAGGAUUCAAAAGCCGUGUUAAGUUCUUGAGUGUGCUUGAUCCAACGAAAGUAACAUACUACAUCUCAGAGAUUCUUGAUGCAGGGCUUCUUGGUCCACUAUUUAGGGUUUCGGUAGAAGAAUUUCCAAGCGAGAACUUCUCAAACAUAUCAGCUGAGAAGUGCUGGGCAAUGGUGAUACAGAGGCUCAGGCUCGAAAUCCUCAAGAGAUGCAAUCAACCACCUGGCUCAUUGACGCCAUUGCAGGCUGUCAAUGGGCUUGAAAUGUUUGGAUUGCUCUCCCCACACAUAAUCCAGGCGGUGGAGGCUCUCGAUCCAAAUCAUCAACUCGAGGAGUACUGGAACCACAAGUCGGCAAAGCUAUUCGGAGUCGAUUUGGCUAAGGAAGGAGAGAAGAACACAGAAGGAGGAACAGCAAUGGGGGCGGCGCCUGAUCCAUCGUUGGACAGAGACACGAGGCUUCUGAGAGGGCUGCUGAAAAAGGCGACGCCCGAGGAGUUGAUACUGAUGCAUGGACUUCUUUGUGGCGAGACGAGAAGCACCGAGCUGAGGGAGGAGCUUUCUUCACUGGUGGAUCAGAUGGAAAAGGGUCCUUGAUGAAUCCCCAACAAAAAUAAAAACAGUCGCAGGAGAAAAUGAAUCACCAGGUUCAGGCAUGCAUGACAGAAGGCUAUGGCUAUGGAUGACGCAUGCGGGGGCAAAAGAUUAUCUGAUUCCAGGCUUGGGUUUUGAUGGAUGGCAAGCAAGCUAUCCAUGUCUACUGAAACUAAUUUGAAGACCACUAUGUUGGCUUCUCUCUGAAUGGAUCUGGGAAAACUAACCAAAACAUUCCAACAACUAGCAACCAAGAUAAUCAUGAGUCCAUGAUUCUAAGUCUAAAUGGGCAAAUCACACAGAUCAGUGA